CGCCCGUCAACCGAACGAUGGUCCCGCUGGCGGCCGACCGCUCAAUCCAUUCCGCAUGGAGAGGUGAGAGAGGAUCGCGCCCAACGGUCGGGGGGCACAGGGACACAGCCCCAGCCUCCCGCAUCUAGUCGCUCGGCUGCUUAGCCCAGGAGAAAGAGAGCAAACCUACAUACAAACACAGGUUGUGCUGCCAGAUGAAUUCAGUGGUUCCGUGCUUUGCUUGGAUCUGUUUUCGGUUUGACGAGUCUGAUGACCUUGGGUGUCAAUUGUGAAUCCGCGUCCCCUGCCUUCGGGGUCUUCCAGGCGGAAGCUGGUCAACAAAAUACCUAACCUAGGUAAUCUCCUGUCAACGAUGGGGUGGGAGUUGCCAACAUGGCUGGCGCUUGGCCGCUCUUUCCAGCUACUGGGUUCUCUAGCAGCGACUAGCAUGCAUGGCUACUUGACCGUCAAAGUCUAUGCCGGCAAGCUCGGCCUAUCGCAUCAGAUGGCCGCCCUCGAGUUGUUGGCUUGCGCUCUCACGGGAUACUCAACACUUGCUCUCGUCCUCCAAAACACCGGUCGACGGUCCAGCAGGACAUCCUGGCUGGCCGGGUUUGCCGUUUGCGAUGUCCUCUUCUGCGUCGUGGUGCUCGGCAUCAUCACCACCCUCGCCCGUGCUGGCCUCCCGACACACUGCGCCGGCAUGACGCGGACCGACUUUCGUCCCGAAGACCACCCCGAGUCUCCCCCUAAAGGCUACACCACCGUUCGAUUUAGCGACGAAGCCCCUGGCCAUCGCGGCAUGUUGGACGAGUUAUGCGGUUUGGACCGCUCCUACUAUGUCAUUGCCACUGCCCUUGUGUCCGUCUUUCCUGAUCACGCCCUGUUGCUCUCACGUCCUGACUUGACUACCGACAGCUUCUCUUACAUGUUCACCAUAACCGUGACUACCCUUACCAUCUUCGAGAAGCGAUACACCAAGAACACCAAGGUCGACGAGCUGCUCUCAUCACUCGAGCGGGCAGAGGAGAUCAACCUCAAGGUCAUCGAGUCUCCAUCCCGACUUCAUGAGACCGCCAGAGCAAGCCUACCCCCUCCGCAACCGUCAAGCGAGGGCGUCCUCACGCGCAACACCUCUCUCCGCAGCAAUUUCACUACAGCAACCUCAUCAACAUCCUCACAAGCCGGGGCCUACGGAGGCCCGUCAGUCCCACCACGCCGAUCCCACAGCAGCCAUCCACCACCGCCUGCUCCAUUCCCCCGAAGACCAUUAGCCGCGGUCUCCCCUACCCCAUCCUCCUCUUCCGCCACCAUCACCACCACCACCACCACCAACGAAAACAACCCCGGCAUAGGAUUCGUCCCCGUCCCCAUAGACGAAGACGACGCGGAAGAGGCGCUCGUAGCAGACGGGAUGCAGCACCAGCACCAGCACCAGCACCAGCACCAGCACCAACCACAGAUCCACCACCAGCGUAGCCACCACCACCACCACCAACAUCACCCGUCAUUAUCCUUCCCUCGAAUGCCCAUGCUCUCCGAAGAGGACCAUCAUCAUCAUCAUCAUCAUCAUCAUCAUCAUCAAGAAGAUCAGUCAGCCGAUUCCGCGCUCGUCUCCGACGGGAUGCGCCCCUCCGAGCCCAUGCUCCCGCCCUACCGCCCGGGAAGCCGGCGCAUGUCCGGGCACGCCGGGGAGAGCAACGAGAUGCGCCUGAGCGAGUAUGUCAAGGGGCAGACGAGGGCACAGGAGAUGAAGGAUUCCGGGCGGUAUUAA